AUGAUGCCAUCCUCCUCCUCCUCCUUCUCCUCGUCGUCUUUAUCACCUAUGAACCAUCCUCCUAAUAUUCCUACUCCUCCUAAUAAUGAAGAGGAAGAAGAGGAUAUGUAUCACCAUCAUCAUGAUGAACUACCACUACACGGGAACACCUCCUCCUCCUCCUCAACAACAACAACAACAUGUUGUUCAUCAUCACCUCUCAAUGCAUUGAAACAAUUUUGUGAAAGAUAUCAUGUACCUAUUGAAGAAUAUUAUCCAAAUGCUCCUCCUCCUCCUCCUCCUCCUUCGAGUGAUCAAUGUCAUGUCGAUGCUAAUGCUGCCACUACAACUACUACUACUACUACAACAACUACUACUACUUGUCAAGAAAAUAAUUCCAAAGUGCAUCAUGAUGAUGACUUUGUGACUCGGAAUGAAUCCAUUCGUUAUUUUAGAAUUUCAUUUCAAAGUCUCAUUCGUAGUAUGUCUUUCACGAAUGACACCUGUGAGUUCACUCAAUCUAAAUCAUCAUCAUCUAAAUCAUCAUCAUCUGAAUCAUCUGAAUCAUCAUCAUCACCACCACUCACUUCUUACAACAAGUUCAUUCAAAAUAUUCUCACAUCCAUUCACUCUCAAUGUGGUCACUUUCCACAACCCAUUCCAUCAAAUCUUCAAUCGAAUUCAUUGAUGUCCUCUCCUCACAGUCAUGACAUGACUCUCAAUGUGAUUCAAAAUAACACCACUUCCUCUCCCACUUCCUCUCAUCAUCACUACAAUUAUCAUCACUACUUCAAUUAUUAUCAAAUUUAUACUCUUCCAAAGAGUGUUUCUAUUGCUCAUUUAUUGGAAUAUAAAAAUGGAAUUAUUUAUGGAGUAGAUAUUAGUAGUAUUUAUUGUAUCUUGUCAUUGGAAAAGAUUUUAUUGAAUUCAAGAACAACAACAAGAAAUGAUUCAAAUACAUCUCAAUCAUUACCCAAUGUUUUGGAUAUUUGUACUGCACCAGGUACAAAAUCAUGUCUAUUACAUGAUUUGUAUAAAAGUAGAAUUUCAUUCUCACAUUCAUCAUCACUCACACAUUCAUCAUCAUCAAUCUCUUCUGACAUGAAUAGCAACACUAACAGUACAGAUCUGUACAACCAUCCUUCAAUACUCUCUUACAUUCAUACGAUUACUGGAAUUGAUAAUAAUUAUCAUCGAAUCAUGACAUGUAAAAAUAUAUUUAAAAAGUAUCAUUUAAAUGAUAUUCGAUUAAUCUAUGCAGAUGGAACAAAUUAUUCCACACACUAUGGACCACCUACACGAAUGAAAAGAUUUAAAUAUAUUGAAAAGGUAAAAGAAUUACCAAAGAAUGGAAUUUUAAUUUAUGAAAAAUAUGGUUCAACAACAACAACUAGAAAGAGAAUGAAACAAGAGGUCAUCAUGUCGACGACGAAAUUGGUGAAUACAUGUCCAAAUAUGACAAAAUUGGUGAAUACAAGUAAUGAUUCAAAUAUUAGUAAUGAUGAUACAAGGAUUCUCAAUGAUUCAAAUAUUAGUAAUGAUGAUGAUUAUGAAAUGAAAAAGAAGAGAAAAUCUUCCUUAUUAGUAGUGACUCGUACGACUCAUUCAACGAACUUGUCCAACACUCAUGAAGAGAAACAAGAGGAUACAUCAUGUAUGAACAUGACCAAUUCCAACAACACAAAUACCAUCACUACCACCAUCACCACCACCACCACUAUGAAUACCACCACCACUAUGAAUACCUCACCCAACAUGUCCAUCCAUGACCAUUCAAUUAUUCCUUCUUCUUCUUCUCUUCGUCCUAAAAAUAUAUUUGAAUCUCUUUCACCUCUCUAUGAUAUUGUCAUUGUAGAUGCAGAAUGUAGUACAGAUGGUAGAGUUCAAUAUUUUAGAAAUAAUUUGAAACAAAUUCAAUACACAUUGGAUCAUAUGGAACAUAUUGUGAAUUUACAAAAACAAUUAUUAGAGAAUGCAUUUGUGAAUUGUUUGAAAGCAUCCUCAUCAUACUCAUCCUCCUCGUCACCAUCAUCACAACACUCGUAUGGAAUUCUCUUGUAUUGUACAUGUUCAUUCACUGUAGAACAAAAUGAACAUGUGAUUCAAUAUUUAUUGAACAAGUAUAAUAAGAGUGAUGAUGAGGAUCUUACAAACUCUCAAAAAUUUGGUAUUGAAUUAAUUCAUCCCUUCAAAGAUAGUCCAGUAUUGAAAUAUUUAAAUAUACCCUAUGUGGAAUCAAGUGUAUUGCCAAAUACCAUUCGAAUCAUACCCUCACAAUCUCAAAGUAAUACAUGUCUCUAUAUUGCCAUGCUACGAAAGUGUUUGAAAGAAUAA